ACAGAAUUGAGAAUACAAUCAUUUUAAAGUGAUAAGAAUAUACUCUAUACUAAAAUCUUGUUGGCGGUAGCACACAUUUUUUUUGAUCACUUCGAAGUCCGAUUUCUACGCUACAAACUCGCUUAUGACUCACUCUUCAUGUGGGCAAAUUUUCACUGAAAUAAGCUUCGUGUCCCCUUAAAUGUGUUCAUCAAUGGGGGUUCUGUACCUUCUCUAUCUUGGUGCUAGCAUCAAAAGGUGUGAUUUUUCUCUAUUUACUAUACAAAAUCUGUCCCAGACUUCGAGUAGGUUGAUGGGUUCUCGUCUUUUUUCUUGAUUGCUCUCUGGUCAUCCUUUGAACUGUAUGAGUGUGGUUUUUGAGACAUUUAUUGCUUUUUUCUUAAUGGAGACUGCAUCAAAUUUGAACAUUUUAUUGUCUAAAUACAGUGAUUUUGGAUGUGGGUUUUUGUUUUUUGGGUGUUUUUCCAAAGCAUGCAAUGUUUUUGUCCUAUGUUUGAUGGUGGUUUUAGGGUUUAUAUACUUGCAAUUUAGUGGGAAAAGAAAAGGGGUUUGUUCUUGUAAUGAUAAAACAAGAAUUGAUGGUUCAAAGAAAUUGUAUUUUGAAAAUGGGACCACUAAAAUUUUGGGAAGAAAUGGAGGUGGGGACCAAAAAUUUGAGGAAAUCCAUGAAGUUGUUAGUUUUAAUGGUGGGUUUAAUGAUAAUGUUGGUGGUAAUGUUGAUGAAUGUUUAGAAGACCAAGUGUUUGAUGUAAUUAAUCUAAGAAAAAUGGUGAAGGGUGAAAGAAAAAGGGCUAAUAUUGCUCACAGUGAGCUUGAGAAGGAGAGGAUGGCGGCCGCAUCUGCUGUGGAUGAAGCAAUGGCUAUGAUUUUGAGACUUCAGAAUGAAAAGAGUGUUCUUCAUAUGCAACUAAAUCAAUUGCAGAGAGUUUCUGAGGAGAAGCAGUUACAUGAUCAAGAAAUUAUUCAAUCACUUCUAUGGAUUGUAAUGAAACAUGAAUCUGAAAGGAGUUUAUUGAAUGAUCAAUUGAGGAUGUGUAGGGAGAAAUUGAAGAUGUUUAUGAAAGGUGAAGAAUGGGAUCAAUUUGAUACUAUUUAUCCAACUCCUAGUGCUUCUUAUUCUUCAUUGGAGGAGAGUGGGGUUGGUAAUUUGACAGUCGGCGCUCUCGAUUCCAAAGCAUCACCAAUUGUACUCGGGAAACCAUUUGAAUUGGUCGGCAAGCGAACAGAUUAGGCACGGUUUUGAUGAAGUAGCGAUGUUUUAUGUUAGUGUAUUACUAUCUGCCUUCAAAGAUAAAGAACAUUAUUGAAGAUUAUGUGGCAAAUUCGAAGGGACAGAGGGAGGAUGUUCUAAUCUCAAAUGAUAUAUAAUAGGAACAAAUUCACUGUUGCUGGUUAUGUUGAGAAAGAUCCAAAACAAGGAACGUUUUAGUAUAUUUCUGUUCCCUUCUGCACAUCGGUGUGGCCUGCCUGUGUGUUUAAUCUUAUUGAGCAGCAAACCAAGUUAGCAAUUUGUAUCAAGGUAAGAUUAGUAUGAUAUGUUCCAAAGACAACCUUGGAGGUGCAAGUCUAUUGUACUUAAUGUCCUCUUGUUAAAUAAGCCCUUUUCCUUGUUUUGUUCAUUCACAUUUUCUCAUUUACUCUCUCAGUCCCAGAGAAUUUUUUACAAUUCUUUUUUUAGCUAUGAUCCUCACUAUACCUUUAUUUAAUUCUC